CUCAUCGCCGCCAGACUCGCUGAUUUCUACCCAUUCUGUUGUUUCUGUUUCUGUUUAUUGUUUUUGUUUACUUUUUGUGAGUGUGAGGCUCAGUAUGCAGCUUAUAUAAGCCUUCGUAACGGCUAUCCCUUCAGCUGCUGACCGGUGGAGCAUUGCACAAUCCGGGGCACUUGCUCCGAUCGAUUUCACACACCGCUGGCUGCUGGGCAAGUGACUUCCGGCUUUUGGCCGCGCCACAACACCAGCCAAUACCAGCUACAACUACAACCAAGCCCCUUAAAGUCAAGCCAACUAUAAAUGGCUAUGUUGUUGUCAAAAUGCUGCCACAAAUUUGACGAGAGUGCAACGCGAUGGAGCUGCCAAUGGGGAAGUUUCCGGGAUUCGUUUACCAGGUGUUGCUCCUGCAACUGCUGUUGCUCGUGUCGCCGGCAAUGCUGCAGCAGCAACACGUCUUCUACCACCCCCGACCGCUCUUCUACGACGCGCCGCGUCUUCGGAGAUUCGAGUAUGCAGCAGCCACGCCCUUUGUGGGCGGCUAUAAUCCCGCUUCGGCUUCUCCCGCUCUCCACUACCAACAACAGACGCCCAACUUUCAGCUGAUCAACUAUCGUCCCAGCUACCAGCCCUUGGCCCUGGAUUACCAGCAGCAGCAGUUGCCCGCACCUGCCCCGCCCCUUCCGCCCCUCUUCCCGCAGCAGAGUGUCCAGUAUCAGCAGAGGACCAUUGCUCCACAUGCCGAGCUGGCCAAGUAUCGCUACGAAGGGAACUAUCUGCCGGUGCAACGCGUUUCGCUGCAGCAACCGCAGCGUCGCGCGGAGGAGCAGCAGCAGUUGCAGCAGCAACAUCUGCAGCAGCAACACCUGCAGCAGCAGCACUUGCAACAUCAGCAGCAGCAGCAGCAACAGCAACUCUACAACGUGCCACCGGCACUCUUCACCAGCGAUGUGUUGCACGUGAUUCCUCCUCGAAUCGCCAGGUUGCAGGAGCAGCAGCAGCAACCAUCUCAGAAUGUCCAAACGGAGAGACCGCGGAGAUACGCCAAGGAUCAGGAUACGGACGUCGCCGAAACCAAGAGCCACAUCGAUCGCAGCGCCAAGGAAACCAAGUACUUUCACGAUAUUUUCAUGCGCUUCGAUGGCCCCAAUUCGCGGAGUCACGGCCACGUCUUGAAGCACCCGAAGGCGCAGGAGAAACGCUUCGAGUCCCAAAGAGGCACGAACCGCUACAAGGGAGAGGUGAUUUGGACAGAUCGUCAGGGAGGCCACGGCGAGCACCGCUGGGACUUGGCGCAGGGAAAACUCUGAGAUGGAAACUAAUUUGCAUACGCCUCCCCCUUCUCCCCUCUGUAAAUACCCAUCCAGACUCGCAUAAAUCGUGACUUUU